AGCGGAAGCCGCGUUUGUUGUUCUUCCUUCUGUUUCCGAGACGUUCAGGGUCUACACGGGUUCAAGAGGGGCGUCUGCAUGUCGCUGCCAAUUCUCCCUAUAAACCGUCGUCUACCGCCUCCGAAUGAAGAUUAACAGGUAUGCCAAAGGAAAAAUAUGAUCCCCCAGAUCCCCGCAGAUGUUACACCAUCAUGUCAGCCGAGGAGGCGGCUAGUGGGAAGAAGUCUCACUGGAACGAGCUCGAGAUAACUGGGCGGGUGAGGAGUCUGAGCAGCUCAUUAUGGACCCUUACGCACCUGACGGCUCUCCACAUCAACGACAACAACCUGAGCCGCAUCCCGCCGGACAUCGCCAAGCUGCCCAACCUGGUCUACCUGAACCUGUCGUCCAAUAAGCUCCGCAGUCUGCCCGCCGAACUGGGCAACAUGGUCUCUCUCAGGGAAUUGCUUUUAAACAACAAUCUUUUACGGGUUCUGCCUUAUGAACUUGGUCGUCUUUUCCAGCUUCAAACUCUGGGACUAAAAGGAAAUCCGUUAUCCCAAGACAUCCUGAAUCUCUACCAGGAGCCGGACGGAACCAGAAAGCUUUUGAACUAUAUGCUCGACAAUCUGGCAGUUCACCCGGAGCAGCUCCCACAAAGACCGUGGAUCACUCUGAAGGAGCGAGACCAAAUGGUCCCUGCAGCUGUGUUCACAGUCAUGUGCUACAACGUUCUAUGCGACAAGUACGCCACGCGGCAGCUGUACGGCUACUGUCCGUCCUGGGCCCUGAACUGGGAGUACCGAAAGAAAGGCAUCAUGGAGGAAAUCACCAGCUGUGACGCAGACAUCAUCAGCCUGCAGGAGGUGGAGACCGAGCAGUACUACACACUGUUUCUGGAAACACUAAAGGAUCGCGGCUACGACGGAUACUUCUGCCCGAAAUCCCGCGCCAAACUGGUUUCUGAACAGGAGCGAAAACACGUAGACGGCUGCGCUGUCUUCUUCAAGACCGAAAAGUUUACUUUGGUCCAGAAACACACCGUGGAGUUCAACCAGGUGGCCAUGGCUAACUCUGAGGGGUCAGAGGUCAUGCUGAACAGAGUGAUGACCAAGGACAAUAUCGGCGUGGCUGUUCUGCUGGAGGUCAACAAGGAAAUGUUCUCCACCGGCAUGAAGCCCCCCCAGGAGAGGCAGCUCCUCCUAGUGGCCAACGCCCACAUGCACUGGGACCCGGAGUACUCGGACGUCAAGUUGAUCCAAACCAUGAUGUUUCUGUCAGAGCUGAAGAGCAUCGCCGAGAGAGCCUCGGGCUCCGUGACGACGGGCUCGCCGACCUCUGACCCAUCAUCCAUCCCCAUCGUCCUGUGCGCCGACCUCAACUCGCUGCCCGACUCCGGUGUGGUGGAGUACCUGAGCAACGGCGGCGUGGCCGAAAACCACAAGGACUUCAAGGAGCUGCGCUACAGCGAGUGUCUGACCAACUUCAACUGCAACGGCAAGAACGGCAACUCGGAUGGGAGCAUCACACACAGCUUCCAGCUGAAGAGCGCCUACGACAGCAACCUGAUGCCUUACACCAACUACACCUACGACUUCAAGGGUGUCAUCGACUACAUCUUCUUCUCCAAGAUACACAUGAGCGUCCUGGGUGUCCUUGGACCGCUGGACAGCCAGUGGCUCAUCGACAACAACAUCACCGGCUGCCCCCACCCCCACAUCCCCUCGGACCACUUCUCCCUGCUGGCCCAGCUGGAACUGCACCCUCCCCUAUCCCACCCUUCACCCACACUCAGACUCACCAAGAAGGAGUGA